GGCCGGGUAAAAAAUCCUGAAUGGAAUAGAAAUGAAAUACCACAUAGUUGUGGAGAAUUGUGUAGAAAGAAAAGAUCAGCUCAAGAUUGUCCACAUUUAUGUAAUAUACUUUGUCAUCCAGGACCUUGUCCAUCCUGCCCUGCUUUCAUGACCAAAAAAUGUGAAUGUGGACGUACAAGCCAUUCAGUUCGCUGUGGGUAUUCUUCUGCAAUUCAGUGUACUAAUACAUGUGGGAAUGUUUUGAACUGUGGUAAACAUAAUUGUACCCAGAUAUGCCAUUCGGGAAAAUGCCUGCCAUGUGAAUUGACUGUAAAACAAGUAUGUUACUGUGGGAGCACCUCUCGAGAAGUAUUAUGUGGAGCAAGUGAAGAUUGGUUUUCAUGCCUGAGAACUUGUGGGAAAAAAUUAUCCUGUGGAAUGCAUAGCUGUGAACAAGUAUGUCACCCACGGCCCUGUCAGCCUUGUCCACGGCUUCCACAAAUAGUGCACUGUUGUCCUUGUGGACAGACUCCUCUUACUAAAUUACUAGAGUUGGGGUGUACGGAACGUAAACUCUGCACAGAUCCUAUCCCAUCAUGUGGAAGAACAUGUGGAAAACCUUUACCUUGUAGUAGCUAUGAUGCUGUGCAUACAUGUGAAAAUCUCUGCCAUGAAGGCGAAUGUGGGCAGUGUUCUCGCACAUCAAAGGUCUACUGCAGAUGUGCCUUAAAAUUAAAGGAAGUUCCAUGUGCCUCUCUCAAAAAUCAAGUUAAAGUUCCAUUCUUAUGUGACAAAAGAUGCAACAAGAAAUUGUCAUGUGGACGACACAAAUGUAAUGAAACAUGUUGUGUGGAUAAGGAGCACAAGUGCUCUUUGAUUUGUGGACGUAAACUGAAUUGUGGUAUCCACAGAUGUGAGGAACCUUGUCACCGUGGCAAUUGUCAAAAGUGUUGGCAGACCAGUUUUGAGGAAUUAACUUGUUAUUGUGGUGAAUCAGUGAUUUAUCCCCCAGUACCUUGUGGUACUCGACCACCAGAAUGUAAAAAAUCAUGUACUAGGCCUCAUGAAUGUGAUCAUCCAGUAUAUCAUUCCUGUCAUAGUGAAGAGAAAUGUCCACCAUGUACAUACCUUGUUCAGAAAUGGUGUAUGGGAAGGCAUGAAUUACGGAGCAAUAUUCCUUGUUACCUCACUGAUAUUUCUUGUGGUCUUUGCUGUGAUCGAAUGUUAAAAUGUGGAAUGCACAAAUGUAAAAGGAUCUGUCACAAGGGGGAGUGCCUCAUAGAUGAAGAGUGCAGACAGCCAUGCACUAUUCUUAGACUUCACUGUAAUCAUCCAUGUAUGUCUCCAUGCCAUCCAUCUUUACCUUGUCCUACAACUUCUUGCCGUUCAAAGGUUGAACUUCAGUGUGAGUGUGGAAGAAAAAAAGAAUCUAUGAUUUGCUCAGAAGCAGCAAGUACAUAUCAUAGAAUAGCUGCAAUAUCAAUUGCCUCUAAGUUAACAGAUCCACAACUUGGAGAUUCAGUAGAGAUAAGCAGAUUGAUUACCAAAAAAGAAAUGAAGCAAACCAGGUUGCAGUGUGAUGAAGAAUGCUUGGCUCUUGAAAGAAACAGACGGUUUGCUGAGGCUCUUCACAUAGAUGACAGUUCUGAUCCAUUCAAUGUUCGUGUCUCUGCACCCAAGUACAGUGAUGUGUUGAAAGAGGAUGGAAGAAAAGAUUUAAAGUUUGUCAGUGAAGUUGAGAAAGAAAUGAAAGUUCUUAUAGAAGCAGUCAAUAAGAGCAAGCACACAAAGAAGAGUCAUUGUUUUCCACCCAUGAACCGAGAACACCGUCGAAUCAUCCACGAACUUGCUCAGGUUUACGGCAUUGAGAGUGUGAGCUAUGAUAACGAACCAAAGCGCAAUGUUGUUAUCAGUGCGGUCAAAGGGAAAUCAGUUUGUCCAACAGUUACUCUGACAUCAGUACUUACGAAGGAGAAGCAGACCAGGCCUCCCCCACCUAUUCCUCAUCACAAACAAUCAGAAAAACCUGGGAAUAGCAGCACAGAGAGACGGUUCAAAGAAGAGACAGUUAUUGACUAUUUUGAUGUACAAGACUGAUGAGAUUAACCUGGAAUUAUGCUGUUGAAAAUUGGAAGUGAAGCUACAAAUGUGUUCAGGAUCAUUUUUGUCAAAA